AUGCUGCGGCCGGACUCUUCUGCCUCCGGUCCAGUCGAGGGUUGUAUUGGCACUGGAGGAGGAAGUGGCGACCUCGGUAGUCCCGGGACAGGGAAACCUCCAGUCCGACCUUUCGGCGGCAAAGAGGAGGAGGUGGGGCAUGCGGUGGACUUAAUCCCAACCCUCAAUCUUCUUGAGCCUGGCUGCCUCAGAGGGCACAGCUUUGGUUAG